AUGAGCUUACUCAAAGGGAACAACAGAUGGGGAAAGAUUUGUAAUGGCUGCACAAACCCUGAUCAUCCUGUCAAUAAGUGGAAUUUUUCCACUUUUCUCUGAACAUGUCAUAUAAUCCAUUGGUAGUAUUCCCUGCAGGAUAGAAUACUUUUGCCUCAGCAGUCCAAUGACACGCUCGACAUGUAUUCGCACAUUCGCAAUUCCUCGUGUUCGUUCCACAUCAAGUGGAUCAAGUUGGUUCUUUCCUCUAGUGAAGGCAGGGAUAGCUAA